AUGAGCUGGACCUGCCCGCGUUGCCAGCAGCCCGUUUUCUUCGCGGAGAAGGUGAGCUCCCUGGGCAAGAACUGGCACCGCUUCUGCCUGAAAUGUGAGCGCUGCCACAGUGUCCUGUCCCCAGGAGGGCAUGCAGAGCACAAUGGGAGGCCGUAUUGCCACAAGCCAUGCUAUGGGGCUCUCUUUGGACCCAGGGGGGUGAACAUUGGUGGUGUGGGCUCCUACCUCUACAACCCUCCCACUCCCACCCCAGCCAGCACCACUCCCCUCAGCCCCAGCAGUUUCAGCCCCCCCAGGCCCAGGACUGGCCUCCCCCAGGGCAAGAAAAGCCCUCCCCACAUGAAGACAUUCACUGGGGAGACUUCACUGUGCCCUGGCUGUGAGGAACCUGUCUAUUUCGCUGAGAAGGUGAUGUCUUUGGGCAGAAAUUGGCACCGACCCUGUCUGAGGUGCCAGCGCUGCCGGAAGACCCUGACUGCUGGGAGUCAUGCUGAGCAUGACGGCGUCCCCUACUGCCACAUCCCCUGCUACGGCUACCUGUUUGGCCCCAAAGGUGUGAACAUUGGUGAUGUGGGCUGCUACAUCUAUGACCCCGUGGAGAUAAAAUCCAAAUGAGAUGCUCACAGGAGAGGUCACUCUAACUCAGGCCUCAUACCAUCCCCUCCAUGAUCCAAUGAGAGCUACAGAA